CAAUUCCCAUUCCGAUUCCGAUUCCCCCAUCCAAACAAGCCAAACUCCCUAUUCCAAACCCCCACCUCCACUCCACGCCACCCCCGCGGCGAGGCAUUCCGUCGAACACCUCCUCCUCGCCGCCACCGCCGCCUCCCUUCCCCUCCCCCCCCCCCCCCCACGCAAUCCCUAGCUUCCUCCCUCCCUAUUUAUCCCACGCCUUCUCCCCUCCUCCUGAGGCAUCCCGAUACAGCAGCGAUGGAGAUGGCGACGAGCGCGGGGGAGGGGACGAGCGGUGGUGGUGGAGGAGGAGGAGGAGCUGUGCCGGAGGCGGGGGGCCCCGAGAUCGCGUUCUUCGACGUGGAGACCUCCGUGCCGCAGCGGGCGGGGCAGGGGUACGCGCUGCUGGAGUUCGGGGCCAUCCUCGUGUGCCCGCGGCGGCUCGUCGUGGUGGGGUCCUACGCCACGCUCGUCCGCCCCGGCGACCUCGGGGUCGUCUCCGCGGCGUCCGUGCGCUGCAACGGCAUCACCCGCGACGCCGUCGCCGCCGCCCCGGCCUUCCGCGACGUCGCCGACGCCGUCUACAGCGUCCUUCACGGGCGUGUCUGGGCUGGUCACAACAUCGUAAGGUUUGACUUGGCCAGAAUAAGGGAAGCAUUCGCUGAAAUUGGACGGCCACCUCCGGAACCAAAGGGGAUGAUCGACACCUUGCCUCUGCUUACCCAGAAAUUUGGGAGGAGAGCAGGGGACAUGAAGAUGGCAAGCUUGGCAAAUUACUUUGGUCUGGGGCGACAAAGUCACAGGAGCCUUGAUGAUGUUAGGAUGAAUCUUGAAGUUCUCAAGUAUUGUGCUACAGUUCUCUUCUUGGAGGCAAGUCUUCCAGGAGUGCUGACUGUUGAGAACCUGGUGGAGCGUGCAAUUACAAGGAGCCAAGCUAAUGGAGCUGCUUCUCCUGAGGUGCCAAAACCUGUAGCACGGUCUUCACCUGAUUCCUCAAAACGGCAACGAACAAUUUCUCGAGUUGACAAUGCAAUCCAAGCUGGAGGUAACCAACAAUCAAUCGAUCCUGCAACAAACAAGGAACCCAUUGAGUUGAUAUCCAAUAUCGAGGAAAUGACAUUAGGUUCUGGCAUACAGAUCGAUGCAAGUUCUAGUGGGUUUUCUGGGUUCCUCGAGCCAGAUGACGUUUCAACUGAGUCCAUCCAAAUUUCUGUUCCUUCUUCCUACCGAUUAACUCGAAAAACAUCUAUCAAGCACAAAGGUAGCCCGAUCCAACUUUGUUGUGCUGGUCUGCGGAUCCAGUUUGGAGUCAGCACAAAGUUCCUAGACAGCGCAGGUCGCCCAAAGUUGAACAUACUGGUUGACAUCCCUGAGAAUCUCAGUAAAAUUCUAGAAUUCUGUGAUGGUAUCGCUCAGAAAUCAUCUCAGGAUUCUGGGAGCACUUCUGAAUGGAGACCAUUGAUUAAAAAAUAUGGUUAUGUGAAUUGUCCUACUGUCCGCCUACACAUCCCCACUAUUGUCAGCGGUGAAGCUGCGACCUAUGGGACCGAAAUAUACCAGAAAGAGGCUAGCGGCAACAUUCAGAAGCUAGUUUUCAGCAAGGUAGAUGUCGCGGAGCUGGACUCUUGGUUUGUUCGAGGGAACAUGGUGGACGCAUUCUUCUCUCUGGAACUAUAUGACUACGAAGAAAAUGCUGGUAUCCGGCUGGUUGCUAAGAAGCUGGUUGUACAAUCCAAAUAGCAUCGGACUAACUGCUUAUGAUCCUAGUGCUAGAAACUAACUCUUGCACUAAUUUAGUGGUGUUAGCCAGAUGUAAAUAAUUCAAAGUGUUGAUUAGAUCUGACCAGCAGCACAUGUUGAUCCUGAACUAGGAAUUUAUAUGCGCUGUAAAAUAUUAACAGUACCUCUAUGCCUUUGAUGCUCUGUAAUAAAAUCUCCAGGUGUUAUUUCCUUGUAUUUAGUAUGGAUAAUCCAUUUAUUUCGUCA